GUCGAAUCGCAGCAAACAUGGUGCAACUUACGUCUCUCGUUAUACUGGCAACGGCGUGUUGUCUACAGGGUGGUCAUGCCUUGCAGAUACCAGCUUCCGGCGACGAAGUCGUCAAGAGAAACGAGUCAGGGAGCGAUGUCACACCUCACCAGAUCGCAGCCUCUAUCAAUGCCAUGAACAAAGCAUGGUAUAACGAGACAGACGGGCGAUGGAACUCGACGACUGCUUGGUGGCUCACUGGAAACGCUCUUCAGUCUGUUUGUGACUACAUGUUCACCACCAAGGAUAAUCAGUAUCUCUCCUUGGUAGAGGGGACCACUCAGAAACAGUCUGGCCCCCUCGCGUGGUGGCCUGAGGGAGGCGGUGACUUUCGCGCUGAUAGCACCGAUGACACUGGCUGGUGGGCGCUGGCCAUGGUACGAUUGUACGACAUUACAGCCAACAGCACCUAUCUUGAGUACGCAAAGCUGGACGAGGCCUAUAUCUACAGCUACUGGAACAGCACCUGCGGAGGGGGCGUGAUCUGGGACAUCCCGGAGUUGACGUACAAGAACGCCAUCAGCAACGAGCUGUACAUGAAACUGGCAGCCUCGUUGCACAACCGAGUCCCAGGAGACACUCAGUAUCUGUCCAGAGCCCUUGAAGCUUGGAACUGGUUCAACCAGUCCGGUAUGAUCAACUCGCAGAACCUGAUCAACGAUGGCCUGACCGACGACUGUGUCAACAACAACGAGACCGAGUGGACGUAUAACCAAGGCGUGAUCCUGGGGGCUUUAUCAGAACUGUACCUGGCGACCGAGGACUCCGCGUACAUCGACGCAGCAACGACCAUCGCAGACGCUGUCAUUGCAAGCGACAUACUGUCGCCAGAUGGCAUCCUGACAGAGUACGGAUGCGAGCCCGAAGACGACUGCGACGAGAACGAACAGGCCUUCAAGGGGAUCUUCACGCGGAAUCUUGCUGAGCUCAACGUUCUGAUCGCAGACAAGCCUUAUAGCUCAUACCUUGCCGAGAACGCGCAGUCUGCUUGGACAAACGAUCGGAGUGGACGUUCAGACCUAUUUGGAAUAUCAUGGGCCGGUCCCUACUCGCCCGCGUCAGUUGGCACACAAGCAUCUGUAAUUAGCCUUUUGGUCGCAAACAUCUGGCAGUGA